GGGUAUCGCUCCUCCCACUCGGGGCUCGCGCUCUCACUACGCGCUCACGAGCUGAGUUGAGUCAGUCACUGGAGCUGCAGCCUGAUGUGCAGGAUGACACUGGAGGAGCUCAGCGGGGAAAACGCCUCAGAAAGGAUGGCCUCAGUGGUCAAAGCGCUAGAAGAGGUGCUGACUGCAGCUCUGCCUCAGGGCUGCAUUACAGUGGGGGUCUAUGAGGCUGCAAAGUCACUAAAUGUGGAUCCAGACAACGUGGUGUUGUGCCUGUUGGCUACAGACGAGGACGAUGUCCACGAUGUCGCCCUUCAGAUCCACUUCACUCUGAUCCAGGCCUUCUGCUGCGAGAACGACAUCAAUAUCCUGCGGGUGAACAACAUGAGACGCCUGGCUGAGAUCCUGGAGGGGGUGAAACCUGGAGGAGAGCCCAUGGACCUGCACUGUGUAUUAGUCACUAAACCGCAGUCCUCAGCCUGCAAAGACCCGGCCCUCAGCAAGCUCAACCGCUUCUGCCAGGACAGCCGCUGUCUGGACCAGUGGGUGCCGGUCAUCAACCUGCCUGAGCGAUGAGACAAAGAGCAGCAUGUCGUCACUCACGUCACACGUUGCACAAGCUACUGCACUGUAUUUGCAUACUGCCUCGGCCAAACGGCCCUCGCCCUGGAUCUCCACCUUAACGCCAGCGCAGAGGGGAACGGCAGAUUGUGUAAGGAACACGGGAAAGUAAUCCAAAUCCAAAGACAAGGAAGAGGAGGAGUGUGGAUUUUUCCUUCAGGCCGGCUGGAGGAGGGGCUGGUACGGUGGGUCGAGAGCAGGCAGCAUGACUCAGCAGUGUGUUAACUGCCGCUGCCGCUGCUGCUGCCAGGGAAUGACACUGCCUGCCUUUAGCCGGGAAACAGGAAGACUGUACCGAAAACUGAAUCAUGUGAGUGCUCGCUCAAUCGCUGGCGCUCGCUGACACUCGUUGGCACUGGAUGUGCAGGAAGAGAACAGUAUGAACUCAGUACGAACUGAAAGAAUGGAGUGUACCCGGUCAGGCCGGACUGGACUGGACAAGCCUGAG